AUGGCGGGGCUUCCGGUCCUGCUGCCCUCAGCGAAGAUGGCGGCAGUGGAGAAGCGGCGGCCAGCUAUGGCCCCCGCGGCCGGUUUCACAGACAGCGGCCGGCCGUCGACGUCCCGGGCAGCAGCAACGACCGAGAGCGAAGAAGACUUCCUGCGGCAGGUCGGCGUGACAAAGAUGCUACGCGCAGCCCUGCUGAAAGUACUAGAGGCACGGCCCGAGGAGCCGAUCUCCUUCCUUGCUCACUACUUCGAGAACAUGGGCCUGAAUACGCCUGCAAACGGCGGCGCCGGAGAGCCCCCGGGCCAGCUUCUGCUGCAGCAGCAGCGCCUGGGCCGCGCGCUGUGGCACCUUCGCUUGGCUCACCACUCCCAGAGGACAGCCUUCAACAAUAAUGUCGGUGUGGCCUACGAGUGCCUGAGUGCCAGUGGGCGCAAGAAGAAGCCAGGGCUGGAUGGGCGUACCUACAGUGAGCUGCUCAAGCGCAUCUGCCGAGAUGGGGAAGCCCCAGAGGAGGUUGUGGCACCCCUGCUGCGCAAGAUCCAGUGCCGGGACCACGAGGCCGUACCCCUGGAUGUCUUCCGCACAGGCAUGCUCACCUGCUUUGUGCUCCUAGAGUUUGUGGCACGAGCCAGCGCCCUCUACCAGCUGCUGGAGGACCCAACUCUGGCUGUUGCUGACCGUCGCAUGGGCCAGGCCGUGCUGGAUACCCUGGAGGGGGCCCUGCAGGCCAGCAACAGUGCUACUGCUCCUGCCCACUACCUGGAGGCUGGCUCACUCCUGGGGCCUGACAACCUGGCACUGGCCAUGGACCGUGCCCUGGUGGCUCAGCGGCCUAGCUCCCCUAUGACCCGGGAGGAGUUUCUGGAGAAGGCUGCUGCCCUCUUCAUUGCCAAGGUCAAGCCAGUGGGCUGAAUGCACCCCCCCUCCCCACCCACCUCACCUGUCUCCUCCACCCAGACAGCUGGGGAUGCUUCCAGGCCUAGCUUAUCUGCUCCUGAGAGGAACAUGGGUCUGGAACCAGGACUGGUGUUACUGCAUGCAGGGGUGGUGUGCGGAGCCCUCACCCAGAUUCAGACCUGGAAUGACACUCCAGCCCCCUUCAGAGGGGAGGCCAAGUGCCCCUGGAAGUGGACACCCCUCCCCACACACCUGCAAAGCCUCCUCUCAGCAGUAAUAAAGUCUGUGUCCCAGACAGACCUGA